CGUCGCGCUCCCGGCUGCCACUUUAAGAUGUUUUGUUCUUAUAGAUGGGCAUAAACUUUCUGGGAGUGUCCGGUCUGUUCUUUGCCUCUCCUCCAUGCACUCGAAGAAGUCCUGUGGAUACCGGUUUGGGUCUACAGUCUCGUGUGUUCGGCUGCAGUGGCAAUGUAAACAUCUACCCAUGAAUGCCACAAUUGCCGUCCUGCAAAGCGCAACCUACCAGCAGAUUGCCUGGUAACCACCUUCAUUGCGAUGGCUCGCAAUGUCCAUUCCUUGGGCCCUACAUGCGCAUACUACGAGGAAGACACAGAUGACGCGCCGACCGACGCCUCGCAUCCGCCCAAAAUCAAGGCACAAUUCUUCUACGUCUCGUCCCUCCCAAUCGAUGAUCCGCUUUCUCCAUUACCACCAGUCUCCGCCGACAAGACCACCCGACUUCCGCCGCAACCUUUUUCUGUUCGGGACAAUGCCGCGCUGGAAGAAGCAUGGCAAUCCUUCCAAGAAUCAGAAGUUGUUUCUGAAUGUGACAAGGAUGCAAGAGCUCGAAGGAACUUUGCUCGGGGGGUCUUUUCUUUCCCAGAGUUCAGAAAGACCGCUGCGGCCUCGGGAAACAAAUCGCCGGUCGGACAGUCACCAAGUAUAGCGAACAAAGGAACGGGGCCGCCCAAGGAGGCAGAUGUCAUGUUGGACCCGGAUUCAGGCGCCGGAUCAGGUCCCAAGCCCGUGGAUGAACAAGAGCUAAAUGAAGAUCGGGAACUCCGAGACCAGCCAGCUAAGCAUAAGAGACGCUUCUCACCGUUCCGGCACAGGCACAAGGCAGAAGAGAGAGAUCGUGACGAUUCGCCCAACCCUGUGCAAACGAAUGACUCCCGGGAGAACUCUUCUCGACCUAAUACGAGCUCCAAUUCAAAUAUCAGUGGCAGACCCUUCGCCCGCCCACCCAGUGGACGCGAUAUCAGUUCUGCAUCUGCUUAUGGAGGAUCAUGGCCCCCUCUCGACGAAUCUGACCUGGAUUCGAGCAAAGGACGCAGUCGAUCCCAUAGUUCUGGGCGGGAUGGGCGGAAAGAAGCGCAGCAGAAAAAGUUGUUUGUACCCGUAGGCGUGUCGCGCCUACACCUGGUUGAGUUGCCGGACCUCAUCAUGAAACCCAUCUAUUGGUCUCCUAUCAAUGACACGUCCGAUGUCAUUCGGGCAACCUGGUUCUACAAGGACACCAUGUUACCCGUGCCUGCAGACGUUGCAAACAGGCUUGAGAUUGGUUACGAGUACAUGAAACCUUAUGCAGAGUCCUACCAGGAAGAGUUACAGGCUUGCAUUGAAAAUGGUGCAUCUGCCGAAAUGAAGGUGGUGUAUAAGCUUUGGCCGGACGAGCCAAGAUUGAGUCGGCCUGGAAGUGCUGCGGAUACGAAGGAAAUGGAUCAACCUUUAUCACAGGAGUCGGUUACAGAGCCGUUGCCAGAAAGGUCGGUCAAUGCAGCGGCAGACCCUCGGAAGAAGCCUAAAGAAAAACGGCUUUUCGCUACGCACAGCGUUAUAUAUACCGAUGCCAAAAAUGCCCAAAUCUUAAGGCCGAGCCUGUUACCAUCCGACAGCAAAAACCGGCGACCAUUGAGCUCUCUUAGGAAAGGCAGGCAGAUAGGGGUGGCUGUUGUUCGUGGGUUCGACCGCAAAGCUUGGCUCAAGAUUCAUCCUGAUCCGAAACUGGAUGCCAAAGCAGCCUAUGCGAAAGUUGGAGCGUACAUGUCCCAGUCUGGAGAUGCCACAACUCGAGGUCAACGUACGUCUUGCGCCGCGUGUGAGCAAGAGACCGAGACGCCGCGGGUUUCUGACCUUGUGCUUGUUAUUCACGGUAUUGGGCAGAAACUGUCGGAGAGAGUGGACAGUUUCCACUUCACCCACGCUGUCAAUGGUUUGAGGCGGGAAUUCAACGUGGAACUGUCGACGGAAGCAGUCAAAGGCAAUCUGAGACCCGGCACAGGAAUCAUGGUCUUGCCGGUGAACUGGCGACUAACCGUUUCUUUCGAUGAGGGUGACAAGGCUUCUCAGGAGGAUGCAGAAAACAAAUAUGCGCUCAAGGAUAUCACCCCUGAUACUCUGCCAGGUGUCCGAUCCCUGAUCAGUGAUGUCAUGUUGGACAUCCCAUACUACUUGUCUCACCACAAAGACAAGAUGACAUCGGCAGUAAUUCGCGAAGCCAAUCGAGUUUUUCGAUUGUGGUGUCGGAACAACCCAGGGUUCGAGGAUUACGGCCGUGUACAUCUCAUCGCCCAUUCGCUUGGGUCUGUUAUGGCCAUGGAAAUUCUCAGCCAACAGCCCACUCGAAUCGGGAAGGACAUGAGGUUUGACAGCAAGAAGCCGAGCGAGAAGAUGUUUGAGUUUGACACGGCGAAUUUGUUCUGCUGUGGGAGCCCAUCCGGGUUCUUCUUGCUUCUCAACAACGCCAGUCUGGUUCCCCGAAAAGGCAGAAAUAAACCUGGUAUGGAGGGUGAAGACCGGCAGCCCGGAAUCGCCAGUGAAGCCAAAUAUGGUUGUUUGGCAGUGGACAACCUGUACAACAUUUGCCAUCGGAAUGAUCCCAUCUCCUAUUUGCAGAAUGCCGCAGUCGAUCAGCUGUAUGCCGCAUCUCUCCAACCGGCGUCAAUUCCUAGCGCCAGUAUCAGCUUGAUGAGACGACUGGGGCAUACUUUACGCUGGACGUCUCCAUCUACAUCGGACCCCUAUACUUCCGGGGCAGUACCAGCCACGCGGCCUGAACUCCAGCAGCUGCCUAGCACGGUGGAACUGGAAACUCACAAUUUCACGCGGGAGGAGAUCGCCGAGAAGCGCAUGUAUUUGCUUAAUGACAAUGGGCAGAUCGAUUGGUUUCUGAACUCGGGCGGAGGUCCUCUUGAGAUCCAGUACCUCAGCAUGCUCAGUGCGCAUAGCAGUUAUUGGAUAUUACAGGAUUUUGUCCGGUUUUUGGUCGUCGAGAUUGGGCGUGAGCCCGGCAGGGCACAUACGCUGCCGGUGCUGAGGGCGGUAAAAAGGAGGGAAUACAAGAAGGGGAAUAUUGCAUGACAGGCCUGCAUUGGGAUAAAGAAAACGAAGAACGGGGUGUCGUUAUGGUCGGGGGCAGUAUUGGUUGUUGGUGGCAGGGCGUAUACACAGGUGAUUGGAAUAAGGAUACAGCCUCGAUGCAUUUUCCCGAACUGCUUGGUGUUGGGGUUGCAUACUGGCGUGACUGGUGUUUUUAUAGAGCAAGGCGAAGUCAAGUCAAGCGAAAGCAACUGAAACGCUGCAGGCUCUCACGCACUGGUACAGAUGAGAACAUGAUAUGGUAUGAUAGGCGUGGCAUGGCACGGCAGGAUGCUGCAUAAGGCAGGGCUGGGGUACCAUUGGUUUUUCUACGACAUUGAUACCCUUUUUGCACUUUUGCAACGGACUUGUUACGGCGUUAGCAUGAUGUAUAGACAGAGGAUGGAUGGGACCCGGGUUCAGGAGAGGCAUAAGCGCGCGGGAUGGUGUAUAGAUGUCCGAAAUAGCGUACCUUACAGGUAUACACUAUCCAAUUAAAUAUACUUAUGUACCCAUGCACCAGAAGCAUGGAAUCGAUACCAGCGUUCAAAGACGUCAAA